AUGAAUGUUAAGGUCAAAAAAAAGUACACCUAAACAAACAAAAUAUUUAGUUUAGUUGAAAAAAAAACUGUAAUUGAAGUUUAGUACUUACAAUUCAUUAAGAGUUUCUUGAGAAAAUUGUUACCUGAAUUUUUUGAAAAUUUGUAAUUUCUAUCACCAAUUUCCACGCAAUUUCUUCUCAAAACAAAAUGAGUACCAGUGUUGCGUUGAAGAAAGAAACAGAAACGACGACAUGUGGCUAUUGUAAUACACAAAAUUCUGUGUUUGUAAUGUGUGUCGGCUAUCAUUUGGCGUGCCAAGCGUGUCGAGAUGAAUUUAGAAUUUGUCCGAUUUGUUUCGGGGACUAUUUGCCAUUUGACGAUGUGCGUAUGAAGACUAUGGUCAAGCCGGAUGGAAAGGCUCCGAAUAAGAUGAAUAUCAACCCUGCAAGGAUUCGAAGUGUAGCACCCAUCGUACAAAGUGCAACAUACGUCGAGAGAAAGAAGGCAAUUGAUAAGUGCAAACAUAAUUUUUUCAUGGGCGUUUGCGAUAGCGUGAUUAGUUCUCUGCUUUCUCCGAGGAGUACAUCAUUCCGUCAGUUUUUAGGAUCAACAAUUGCAAAGAUUGGAAGACGAAUGGGAAGAUCACUGCUGAACGUGGCUGCCGUAAGUAACAAGGCAUCAGCUAUUUUCCCCACAAGUAUUGGACUCUUAUUGUUACUCAUUAUUUCACAAAUUUCCAUUAAGAAGGGAUGGAAAAUUUCGGCCAUUAAGCCCACCACUAAACGAGGAUAGAUAUUUUCUGCUCUAUGUUCUUGAUUGUUCUGUUUUGUUCUGUGUUUCUGGUCGUGUUCUUAAAAUUCUUGUUUAAUAUAAUUAAGCGAAUCUACUAUAUAAAGUCAUUGCUCAAAUUAAAACUAUCAACAAAGUGAUACAAAUUUGUACUCAAAUUCAGAAAGUAUUUUCAUAAAAUAGUUUUCUAAAUGAAA